AUGACAACGGACAGCAGCAGCAUGAGCAGCAAUAAACACCAGGCACCGUGCUCAGUACUUUUGACGACUCAUGCUUUUGACCAGCGCAUAUUCGAGCCUUUGACCUGCCAUUCGGCCACUGACGACGACCCAGUUCGAGGCCACCGACCAAGUUUGUCCGUUCUCUGCCCGCCUUUCGUCAUUCGUUGUUGCCCGCGCAAUCUGUGUUUACGAAACAAGAAAUCCCACGCCUUUCACUCUGCGCACUCGAGCCACUACAAACAGUCACCACAUCACGACAUCGGCAGUGACUCUCUGGCAAGGACACAACUCAACCCACCUAUUCUCCUCGCUUGUCCGUCUUCAAUCCGCCAGCCCAUAUUUCCACGUGGCCACGGUGACGCUCGCGCCCGAUCGCAUCCUUCGCUUUCCACGUGGGGUACCGGUACUGCGUACCGUCGACACAGCACAGUCUCGCCUCUCCCAGUUUUGUAA